CAUCUCCUAUCUUGACUGCUACUUCAGCGCUGUCGCUACCGGGAGUUGUGCCAGCUACUACGGCAUCACAGGCAUGACCCAUACCCGCUGCCAAGGGAAGCCGGACUGCUGCUGACGGCAGUGGCCAGACUGGGGUGACUAUCAGAGGUCAUACUACACUGAGUUCUGUGGAAGCAUUCCACCUAGCAUAAUGGCGCAAAUCCAGCCACCAACGAGUGUGUCACUGGAUUUUGAGCCCGUCACUGCGGUGACAGUUGGUGAGCUCUCGCGACCGAGUUAUGAUGGCGAGCCGAGCUACAAGGGGUCAGGCUCCUUGCUUGCAGGCAAUUGUGCCCAAACGGAGUUCACCCGUGUCGACGCCGGAAACACCAUGUACUUUGCCGGAUUCAUGGGGUGUAUCAAUGACAGGCCAGAAUGCUGUCCCUGGCCCGUGGCUACAAGCACCGCGAGUGCACAAGCUAGUACUGGUUCGCCCGGUGCCGCUGAUAACAACGUACUUGGCUUCGAUUUCCCUAUGCCCACCAACCUGGACCUAGCCAAAGCGGACCGCUGUGCUGAUGACUACUACUCCAUUUCUGGCGGGUGCUGCCCGAACGGAUUCUGGCCCUUUACGAGCGCUGUCGGCGGACAAACACCUUGCUACAGCUCCGUGACCACUGAUAUCGAUGUGCCCACUUUGACAGUCGCAAAAGAUGAUACCAAGACAGGCAAACCCACAUCAGCUGUCGUGAAUAUCGUCUGGUCAAUGCGCUACCCUCUGAACGACCAAGGAAGCGGCGGACUUUCUACCGCCGCCAAGGCAGGCAUCGGUGCCGGAGCUGGCAUUGCUGCAAUUAUCAUUAUCGGCCUCGCCAUCGGCUUGUGGCGAUACCGCCGCAAGCACAAAAAGCUUGUGCAGGCCCAACAGACAGUUCCCCCGGGCCAGCUUCCCCAGCAGCAGACGGCCUUCCCGCAACCGCCAGCGAUGCAGCAAGCCGCCGUACCCAACGGACAGUAUCCAAGCGGCCAGUACUACCCUGGUGUUUACCAGCAACCGGGCAUGGUAGCACACAACAUGCCAACGUCGUCUGAUCGCACAAGUGGGGUAUCGUCCAUGCCAUCAACCAUGGGCACAACAUCCCCCUUGGCCCCCCAGCACACGGGCACUUCUGGCGGCGGCGCAAGCGAGCUGAGCUCUCAAAGCGGCCAGGGCCUCGGGCACAACGUCCAACAAGCGGGCUACUCUGCCGUGGGGGGAGGUAAUGGGCAAGCCUACCCGGCUCCGAUCGCCGAGGCCGACGAGGGCCAGCAUCCGUACUCGCAGUAUGGCUACCAGCAGCCGCAGCAGCACCAGCACCAGCAGCACCAGUACCAGCAGUACUAUGCCGCUCCGCAACAACAGCAGCCACAACAGCAGCCGCAGCAGCAGCAUCAGUACUAUGCCGCUCCGCAACAGCAGAUGGAUCCUCAUGGGCAGCAUUAUUCACCGCCACCGGGAGAAGGAGGAUAUGGCUAUCAACAGUAUCAGCAGCAGCCCCAACAGCAGGGCUUUUACCCCUCGCAGUCUGCCCAUAUACCCGUACCCGAAAUGAGCGCCGACCGCGAGCCGCAAGAGGUUGCGGGAGGUCAGAUGUCGCCUGGCUUCAGGGGUCACUAAAUGGCCGUGUCGAAGAGGCCACAUAUCCACCUUCCCCCUUUCUUUGUUUCUUCCCUGCUUGUGUUAUUGCCUAAUCUGGAUAUAUCAGGGCUGAGGAGUAAGGCUGUGGCGGGUAAUGAUGUCUAUACCCACGUCUCGGUAUGCGAUGACUCUGUUUCUUACUGCUAUUAUGGUAUAUGAUCUUGGUGGAUAUGCUCUCGGUCAUGGAGAAGGGCGGGCUCGUCAACUAUACAGUAGAACAUGGCUCAAUCUCAGCCUCGCCAACCGCAGUGAGCCUCAACUAAAACCGGAAUAUGGAACUCGAGGCGCUUUAAUUGAAGCAUACGGCUACGACACCGAGCCGGACCCGAGAGAAGAAGCUCAUUAGUGUAUACGCUGGAUCGGAU